AUGGGAAGUAUUAAUGCCCUGGGGGAUAUUAAAAAACGCGAAGAAAGGGAGAUAGAUAUAGGAUGGGAGAGGAAUAAAUUAUAUAUUCAUUUGGCGGCGAGAAAUAAUCCGGGGACGUUUCAUUGGAGUUUGUACUUGACGGAGGAGAAACCGGAGAGGGGAUGGGUGUAUCAUGUUUUUGACCCGGUGCCGGAUAGAUGGAUUUUGGAGAUGCUGGGGGGGGAUGAGGAGGAUCGGGAGGGGGAGAAGGAGGAGGAAGAGGGUAAGGGGAAUAGAGAUAGUGGUGAGAGUGGAGAUAGUAGUAAAGACUCUGAAUUACAAGGCGAAGAGUCUAGGGAAGAUGGUGACCAGCAAAGAGCUGAUCAUGAAGGGGAAAGCAAAGAUAGACGAGAGGAUCAGAAAGAAAGCAAGAAGAAAUACGAAGAUAAACGAAAGCGAGAGCCGGGAGAUACAGGACACAACAGCGAUGAAAUAAGCGACAAACACGAGCAAUUGGAAAGUGAUAGGAGUACAAAAGAAGUAGAAGAGAAUAGGAAACAUAAAAGGAACAAGACAGACGAUGAGGAAAAGCAAGAAAAGAAUGACGGGUUGCAUGAUCUGGAAGAUCCCCACCACAACAAGAACCACGACACAAAAGACAACAGCCACACCUUCCUCACCUCAUCUUCUCUCCUCGCCGCCAUUGAAAUCGGAACCGACAUCCAAGACAUGCGCGAGAUAAUCGAAGAAACGAUAUCCACCGAAUGGACGACGGGACGGAAGAAGAUCGCAAAAGGGGAGAAGAUCUGUCGAGAGUUUUUGCUGAAAUGUGUGGAGGAAUUGGAAUCGGUGGGGGUGUUGAGUUUUAGGGAGGGCAAGGGGAUUGGAGAUUUAGAGAGGGAAGCCGAGGAGUUUGGGUUGUUGAGUGAUCCGGCUUUGAACGUGGGAGCGACGAGGGGGAGGGUGUGGAAGAGUAGGGUUGUGGAAUAA